AUGGACGACACUAACAGGCUGCCACUAAUUAAAAACCCGUUAUAUCAACCACCAAAGGCAAUCACCUUGAAUGUUAGCUAUAACAAACUCAUACCAACGCUAUCAAGCACAGUUGUUCCUCCAAAACUCAAAAUGACAAAGGAGGAUGUCAAUCUGUGGUGCACAGAGUUGGAGCAAGAAAUAGAAAAGAAUAAAAGUUUCAAUUUGCAAGCUGAAGCUUAUACAAGUUGGCUUAAGGAGCAAAGCACAAAAGUUGCUCCAGGUUUUGAGUACACGAUAAUGACUCCUAGUAAAGUUAAACUGACACUGUCGAGCAGAGCGAGAUACAACCUUAGACUUGAAGAUGCACGAGAUCAUUUUGAGAAUGCAAUUUACACAAAGUGGAAAGUUGAACAGAAAACUCAAAAGAUUUCGGAGUUUUCUUUAUCAAAGAAAUGUGAUAUAUACUUCUCCAACAUCAAUAAGCAGUUUCAAGUUGAUCUAGAAUUUUGGAAUAAUCUCCAAAUUGACCCAGUGGUUUAUAAAAAAAAGAAAUGGGUAAAAGAACGUACCAGAGCCAUUAAGAAACAGUAUAAACGCAAGAAUUGGAAAACGGAAUACAACGAGAGAAUAGCUCAAGAGUAUGCUAGAGAAAGCGCAAAGUACGCUUCUUAUGAAAAACAAAUCUUUGACGAGAUAAACCAUAUGAGGGUAUUUGGGAAAUGUUAUGAUGAAAUUUCAGAUGCUUCGUGCCUGCGAUUACAGGAAAAGUUGUUUCCAUGGAUAAAGGGAAACAUGGCCAAAGUUGAGAAUUAUAACGGUGAGAGUUUGUCAACUUCAACCACAUCAAAUUGUUUUCUCAAGGCUAUUCAACAACUGAGCAUUGGAAGAGGAAUUGUUAUUCCAAUAACCUCUGAAAAAAACCAACAAGAACAAGUGGACCACAUUGUACGCCUCUUGAGAUGUCUUCGACUAUUGCAGAACAAAUUACCAGUAUCAAUAGCUUAUAGGACCUUGUCGGAUCAAGAUAAAGCCCAAUUGAUCACUGCUGCUAGAGACACAACUAAUGGUGACACAGUACCACAAGAUAUACUUUUUAUCGACUUGAGUACUGUCACAGACUAUCCAGUUGAUAUAGCCACGUUGGGUUUAAUAUUUAAUCCCUUUCGGGAUGUUGUUCUCUUAUCAGAACAUACCAUUCCGUUGACAGACUUGGAAUCGUUGUUCAAUGAAAGGUACAAAUCUAGUGGGGCCUAUUUUUUCAAAUAUCCAUCCUUAUUAAACAAGGCAAAAGCAACUCCAGGCUUUUACGAAAUCACAAAUUUUAUGAAAAAUGUUUUGCUGCCUCAAAAUGCUGAUAACGACUUUUUUGAACUACGAAAAACAGAUAGUUCAGUGUCUCGCAGGUUUUACGAGGAAGACUUUCAAACCGUGCUUGACUCGAAUCUUAUGAUACUCGACAAACAUCGAGCUUUGAGUGGAUUGCUAAUAUCUGCCAGUUUGAAGUUUUACGAAAUAUUAAAUUUAAGAGUCAAGCAAGCCGAUUACUUGUGGAUUGGACAAGAGAUGGCAGGUUCAGAUUUUACUUUCCAUUAUAAUUAUCCAGUUAUGUCAGGGGUUCUUAGCCCAGAUAAUGACUCUGAGAUAUGUUCAUCUUCCUUCUCUCAAUUAUCAGACACUGAUGACAUUUCUUUAAUCUGUACAACCACGCAUCAGCUACAAAAUUGGCUCAAAUAUAAUUACUCAUUCAAAGCUGCAUUCAAAGCUAAAUAUCUAACUAAAGCCACAGAACAUGUGGAUGAUACAAACAAAGAAGGAACAGCGACAGGAAAACAAGAUUAUUCCACUCUUCACAAAAUUUACGCAAAUCCUUUGUUUUUUGAAAAUAUUAUUAAACCACCAACUUUGAAGCGGAAAGUUAAUGUGAAAACGUUUGAUGAGCAAAGCGAAGCUUGGGUGGAACAGAAGAAACACGUAUCGGCGCGUGUAUUGGAAAACAGCGAAAAGUACUACUGCGUGUAUAGUGUUGUUGGCGAUCCGUUCGACGGAGGCGAGCAAGGACCCAUCAUACAUAUCAGCAACCACAAACGUGAGUUUUAUAAUAAUGUGACAGCUGCAUGGUUGAGGAGUAGAAAUUAA